AUGCGUGACGUCCGCGCCAAGGCGCUCGAGAAGAUAGCUUCGCUGUCCGCGGCCAGCUCGACCACCGCGCUCGACCGCUCCGAUCUCGACAAGCUCUGCAGGGCAUGCCACGCCGGAGCCCGGGGCAGGGACAUUGCUCAUGGAGGUCCCGGCGCGAAGCAGGCGGGCUCGCUGGGCCGAGUCCCCAUGUCUAUUCGCGAGUUCGAGGUUCUCCUGGCCUUGUGCAAGUCGGCGCCAAGCAUCCAGUCUAGCCAGAGCGCUCAGAGGCUUUCCUAUCAGCUUAUCCCCUACAUGCUCGAGGCUCAUUCUCAAGCCUUUGUCCCGUCGCCCUUCUUUCGUAGGAUCGAGCCCUCUCCGACCGAAUCACUCGCCUUCCACGUCGCCGGAGCCUUGUUGGCCCUCGGGCUCAACUUCGGGGAUCUCAAAGACACAGUUGCGGACGGCAUUUGGGCUUUCACCAUCUCAUGCGGCAAGGUUAUCGAGACCGUCGUCUCGCAGGUUGGCGACCCCGAAAACCCAACCAUGGAAGAUGCUGUUCGCACGGCAACGAUUGCUCUCGCUCUGCUUGGAUUCUUAGAUGCGGCCUCUGCACAGGCCGACUUCUGGAAAGCUGGCAGCCGGCUUGGGAUGAUUCAGAAGCUCAAGCAGCUCCUUUCGGAGCCGUUCCUCGUUGCGCUCGAGACCUCUCUGUCCACCAUUCGAAACUCCCAUAGCCAGGACCGAGAGACAAAGGAAUGGAAGCGACUUCUGCGCCAUUACGCAUCGUCUGGACGGCCACUCGGGGCCAUGCUCCUCCAGCGUAGCUUCAUGUGGCUGGUGCUCUCCAGCGCGGCCUUGAUGGUUGCGGAUGGACCGACCCUCCGCGCGAACCAUGUGUUAGACCUGCUCAUGUCCGAAGGCGGGCACGGCCAGUCAGAACCGGACCGUUUCCUCGACAGUGACCUGAAAGCCAUCGAGACAUAUACUGGCCUCGCGGUCGAGAAGAUGGACUACAUUGAGGCUGACGCCGACUUUGUUCGGCUCGGAUCGCCGAACCAGCAGAAAUUGGCUUAUGCCGUCAAGUCUGCGGCCAUGAUUACGUUUCUGAAUUGUUCAUUGCUUAAUGACCAGAUUGCCGAGGUAGACGUCCUCAUGGGCUGGCUGCAAGAGACGCUCGAGGAUCCGACGCAGAUGGCGGACAAUGCUCUGGCAUCAGUUGUCUUACGAUGCCUCGCUCUGAUAUGUCGCAUUGCCCCAGCCGUUUCUUCGACAGUCAUCCGCGUUCUCCCCAGGUUUCUUGUCCAAUCGGCGCCUCGUGGUGACACCGUCGGCGUGGCAUCGAGGAGUCUGGCCUUUGUUCUCAAGACGCUCUCCGAAGACGCUGUCAUCAGCACCCUCUACACGCUCGGCAACGUGCUCAGCCCUGUAUCGGACGGCAUAGCCGCCAACGGCCAGGCUAACGGCACUGCCGCGGGCGAAGCCAUACCUCCUGUUUACGCCGGCCGGCAUUCCACAGGGAGCUCCAUCUCACUGCAGAUGAAUGGCGAGGAGGAGACUGCGAUUGUAUAUGGAAAUGUGGUGCAGGCCAUCUGCGGCAUUGCAACAGCGUGCCAAGACGAGAAGAUUACGGCUUUGGCGCAGUCCAUGCUCCUGCAAAAGGUCGACAAGGUCAACGCCGACGUGGAUGCCCACGUUAUCUCUGGCGCCGCAACUUUGGCCCUGAUGGGCGGGCAGCUUGAGUUCCGCGCUUUGCUCAAGAUGUACAGCAGGAUAUGCCACAUUGGAAUCGUCGAGAACAAGGAGUUUUUGCUGGCGGCCGUUAUGAAAGCCAGGACGCAUGUGUCGGCCAACUUGAGACGCGACUCUCCGCUGUUUGACAUCUACUGGGAGCACUUGCUGGAUAGCAUCAUUUCUCUUGGCGACGUGGAAUCGUCCAGCCAUACCCGAGAGUCAGAUGUCAAACUCGUCGCUCAAGAGAUUGGAGAGCUCUUGCGCCCUCUGGCUGUGUUCAUGGCCAGCAACGACCUUGCGUCCGGACCCAUCGAAGACGACGAGGCCCGCUCUCUUCUCCGUGAUGCUUGGUUCAACAUUGUCGUACAUGGCCUCACGACCGGUACGGACCGCGGCAAGAAGUACUGGAACGAGCUCCGCACCAUUGCAGUUCACUCACCGCCCUUGAUCACCGGUGAGCGAAGCGAGCAAGUCGAAAGCGACAUCGAACUCAAUACCGUGUUGCGGCGAGGCAACACCAAUGAGCGGGAGGCCACGCAGAAGAAGCUUCUCAGCGAACUCAUACCGACCAAGGCGGCUGAUAUUAAGAGUUUGAGCUACCGAAAGGUCAUCUUCCUUCAAGCGGCGUAUCUCGUCGAGAGCCUUCGCGCGGACUCGGGAGACUGCACCAAGGUCUUGUCGUAUUUCCUGGAGCCCAGCAUGCGAAAAGGCGAAGUCAGCGGCACCAUGGAAGGCAUCGCUUCCGCCGUUGUGGAUAGGUAUCUCAAGAAGACGCUGGGUGGCGCCGACCCCCCCUUCUCGGCGCAGUAUGCGGCUACUCAGCUUGCCGCCAUCUUUUGCAAGUGCUGCCAUCGGAUCGAGCGUGUGCAGCAGGCCGCGUUGCAAUGCGCCGACCGAAUCAUCCGGGAUGUGCCCUCGGUCUUGUGCUACAGGUCGUCCCUCUUUGCGCUGCUGGAGCUCCUUUCCCUCAUGUGGUCCAGCUGCCUCGAAGCCGAAACCGAUCUGUACACGCCGAGGUCGACAUUCUCUUCUGAGCUUGGCAAAGUCACAGUAGAGCUUUCGGAUGACUUUGACUAUCGACGCUGGACGCUGGACAUACUAAAUCGAAAGGCAAAGAUUUGGGUAAGCGCCGCCAUCGGCCUUGCACCCCUGGACAUCAAAGGCCUGCUGCAGACGUACCUAUCCGAGUUUGACGACGAAGGCGCGUACGGCCAUAUCUCACUGGGAAGAUCAUUCGCACUCGGGCUUGGGUCCAUCAUCCCAUCAACCGAUACCAGACUGCAGUCUCUGGGUAGGGUCGGGGAUUGCGACAUCAACACAGCAUCGGACCUGAUUGCGCAAUACACGACGCGUCAGGAGUACCGCUACGGAGAGACACUGCCUGAUACCGGCAACGAGCUAAUAGCUCUCGCCAACCUGAAGCUCAGGCCGACGUUGUCACAGUCGUCGGUGACGGACAGCGCCAAUGCCUCCACUGCGCUGGCUCACGUUGAGGCUAGGAUCCUCAGCAAGAAAGCUCCGUCCUUGAACGAAGUGCGAGAUAUCCUGCGGAGAGCCGCGGCCUUGCUUUGCCGCAGCUCGAGAGACGAGUCUGCUGUCGCUCGUUAUCUCGUCAGCAUACCCUUUUCUCUCUUCACCAAGCAGUCCAUCAAGCUUGGCGUCUCCCUUUGGCUGGGCGUCAUGAACGAAAACCCGAGGCUGGAGCCCAAGCUGUUGAGCAGCAUCGCACAGCAGUGGGAGUUUACGAUUACUCGAAAAAGGGAAGAGUUUGCGCCGAGCGAGCUCGAGACGUUAGCCAAGAAAAGACAGUCGAUCCAUGAUAUGCUUUCUCCGCACACGCGCCUUUUGCAGUUCUUUAGCAGCCACUUGAACGCAACGCGACUGGGCAGUGGCGACACCCAGAGAGUCUUCCUUCGCAUGCUGGAUCUCACAAUGAAUGCUAUCAAAGAUUCCACCUCCCACCCUAUGGCGAGGGAGCUGCACUUCCAGACCGUCUUGUUCGGCUUGAAAGUGCUACGUACUAGCACCACUAUUGGGGCAACUGCUCAAUGGAGACUCAAGGAGAAGAUCCUGUCGGCAGGCCUCAGCUGGUUCAGGAAUUCGCCCGGAUGGUCGUAUGGCAGCAACGUCCUGCAACUGAAAACCGAGGUCCGCCUGAUUUCGGACGUCCUCGCUGCCCUUAAGGUCGUGUCUUUCAUCGGGGCCCACACCAUUGGCAACGUCAAGUCUCUGCAGGCAAAGGAGCAGCUGCUCCAGCUCCUGCUCGAGAACGAACAGGCGCGACUGAACGUAUGGAUCAGUCCGUUGAACCAGCAUAGCAGCCACUUCUCACUCCUCAACGCAUCAAAGGCGACUGACCCUUGCAUUGCUAUCGAGCUGGCGACAAGAUUCCACUUUCCUCGCCUCCACCGGGAGAUUAGACAGCUGCUCCUGAGCAAGCCCGAGAGGGCAGUGUCGGAGCCGGAAGCUUUGGCUCUCAUGUUUGGCGGGCAUCUCCCCGACGACGUCAACUUGCAGUUGAAGCAUCUCCUGUACUGGCAACCCGUGAACCCGCUCACUGCUGUGAGCAUGUUCCUGCCGGCGUACAAGGACCACCCGUUCCUCAUUCAAUACGCGAUGCGGGCGCUCGAGAGCCACUCGAUCGAUGUCACGUUCUUCUAUGUUCCGCAGAUUGUCCAGACACUUAGAUAUGAUACCCUGGGAUACGUCGAGCGCUUUAUUCUCCAGACGGCACAGUUUUCCCAAUUAUUCGCCCACCAAAUUAUAUGGAACAUGAAGGCCAACUCGUACAAGGACGACGACGCUCAGGUGCCGGACGAGAUCAAGCCAACGCUCGACAGCGUCAUGGAGAAGAUGGUGGACAGCUUCGCCGCCGAGGACAAGGAUUUCUACGAGCGCGAGUUUGCCUUCUUCGACGAAGUAACGGGGAUUUCCGGAAAGCUGAAGCCGCUCAUCAGGCGCCCGAAGCCGGAGAAGAAGCAAAAGAUUGAAGAGGAGCUUCGCAAGAUCAAGGUCGAGGUCGGAGUCUACUUGCCCAGCAACCCCGACGGCGUCGUCAUUGGCAUCGACCGCAAGUCGGGCAAGCCUCUGCAGAGCCACGCCAAGGCGCCUUACAUGGCGACGUUUCGCAUCAGGAAGAAGAAGACGGGCGGCCCGGAUGCCGGCGUCCUGCCCGAGGAGGCCAGCAAGCAGGGCCAAGACGCCAAGGACAACAUGGUCGAGGCGUGGCAGUCGGCCAUCUUCAAGGUGGGCGACGACUGCCGGCAGGACGUGCUGGCGCUGCAGAUGAUUGCGGCGUUCCGCGGCAUCUUCCACAGCGUGGGGCUCGAGGUGUAUGUGUUCCCGUACCGGGUGACGGCGACGGCUCCCGGGUGCGGCGUCAUCGACGUGCUGCCCAACUCCAUCUCACGCGACAUGCUGGGCCGCGAGGCGGUCAACGGGCUGUACGACUACUUUGUGUCCAAGUACGGCAACGAGGACUCGCUGCGGUUCCAGCAGGCGCGCAACAACUUCGUCAAGUCGAUGGCGGCCUACUCGGUGAUUUCGUUCCUGCUGCAGUUCAAGGACCGGCACAACGGCAACAUCAUGGUUGACGACGCCGGCCACAUCCUGCACAUUGACUUUGGCUUCUGCUUCGACAUUGCGCCCGGCGGCAUCAAGUUUGAGCGCGCCCCCUUCAAGCUGACGAGCGAAAUGGUGGCCGUCAUGGGCGGCUCGACGGACCACCAGAGCUUCAAGUGGUUCGAGGAGCUCUGCGUAAAGGCCUUUCUCGCCAGCAGGCAGUACUGCGACAAGCUCAGCCAGAUUGUCCUGCUCAUGAUGGACAGCGGCCUGCCGUGCUUCAAGCCCGAGAGCGUCAAGCACUUCCGCGAGCGCUUCGUCCUCGACAGGACCGAGCGCGAGGCGGCCGACUUUAUGAAGGACCUCAUCAAGAAGAGCUUCUCGAGCUACAGCACGGGCAUCUACGACCAGUUUCAGCUCUUAACCAACGGCAUCCCGUACUGA